AUGGCCGAAGACUCGGCUGACAUCUUCGACGACGCCCUCUUCUCCCUCUUCAACGUCCCGCCCAUAGCGUUCAGCACGGGAUCGAGCAAUGAGACGACCUACACGCCUCCCCCAACUGCGAGCGACACCCGGCCCGUGAGCCUUCGCCUGCCGCAGCCCCCCGCCGACGUGUAUUCCCAGCUACAGGCCAACAACCUCUGGCUGUCGGGCGUCUUUCUCGCAGACAAGAUUGCGACGCGCGGCAUCGCCUUGACGUACCCCGUCGCAGAGCUCGGCGCCGGCGCGGGCCUGCCUGGGAUCCUGGCCGCAAGGGACGGCGAUGUGCUGGUGGUGGCGACCGACUACAACGACCCAGACGUCCUCUCGGCCCUGCGGAGGAACUAUGAGGCGGCGUUUGGCGAGUCGACGAACACGACCACGUCGACGCACACGCACGGUCCGUGGGUUGUGCUCGGACACACAUGGGGCGAGUCCCCGGCCCCACUCCUCGCCCACUCACCCGACGGCUUCGACCUCAUCCUCGCCGACACGCUCUGGGCUUCACAGACUCACGAGGUGCUGGCCGACAGUGUUGUUGCGCUCCUGCGCCGUGGUGGGACGACGCACGUCGCUGCGGGACUGCACACUGGCCGCGGGCCCGUGGCGCGGUUCAUGGCGCUGGCAGAGGACAGGGGACUGCGAGUCACGUUUGUAGAGCAGGCGCGGUGGCAGCCUGGCGGGGGGUGGGAGAGCUAUGACGGGGGAGGGGAGGAGGGGGAGGAGGAGAGGGGAGUCGUGGUGUACUACAUCCUGCGCUGGGCAGAGUAG